GACUUCCUCUCUCUAGCGUUUCACGUGCAAAAGCAGGGACGUACAAACUUGCAUCAUUGGCUUUGAAAAGACCAGAAACAUGUUUGAGGAGCAGGCGACCAAGGUCAAAAUCACAUCUGUGGUGAUCGUUGUCGGCAUGUCGGCAAUGCUGGCGGCUGUCGUGACUGACCACUGGGCUGUGCUCAGCCCCCGGGUGGAGAAGCUCAACGCCACCUGCGAGGCGGCCCACUUUGGCCUCUGGAGGCUCUGCAAGAAGAGCAUCUUCAUCGUGGAGGAGGACCCCCAGGGCAAAGGCUGCGGCCCCAUCAGCUUACCUGGAGCAAAAAACUGCUCCUACUUCAAACACUUUACAUCGGGGGAGGAAGCUGAAGUUUUUGAAGUCAAGACCCAGAAAGAGUACAAUAUCUCAGCAGCAGCCAUUGCCAUCUUCAGUCUGUUCUUCAUGAUCCUGGGUACCCUGUGCGUUAUCUUCUCCUUUGGGAAGGGGCGGGACUAUCUGCUCCGGCCUGCUGGGAUGUUUUUUGCUUUUGCAGGCCUUUGCAUCAUCAUCUCUGUUGAAGUAAUGCGCCAGUCUGUGAAGCGUAUGAUCGCCAGUGAUGAGACCAUCUGGAUUGAAUACUACUACUCCUGGUCAUUUACCUGCGCCUGUGCCUCCUUUACUCUGCUCAUCCUUAGUGGAGUCGCUCUGCUCCUCAUCUCCAUGCCCCACAUGCCACGUAACCCCUGGGAGACCUGCAUGGACGCUGAGCCUGACACCUUAGAUUAG